AUUAACUAUGCCUGUUCUAUCCACUAAACCUACUCGUUCAUAUAAUGUUCGUUCAAUUAGCUUUCCAGCUAGAUCACAUCCUAGUAUGGGAAAAAUUGAAGAAAGAUUGAACAAAUUAAGUUCCACGGAGAUAUCAUCGUUGGCGAAUGCUGAAACAAUUCGUGCUCGACUAUCUAGCCUUGCGGAGAUAUACAAAUGUAUAGAGGAUCUGCUGAAUCUGCCAUUGACUCGACAAGCAUUAGCAAAACAUCAAGAAGAGAAAUGGGUAAGUGACACGUUAGAAGAUUUGAUAAACUACUUAGAUAUAUGUGGCAACACAAGAGAUAAUAUUUUGUUAAUGAAAGAAAGUGUUAGAGAAGCUCAAUCAGCUCUUAGACGAAGCAAAGGAGGAGGAGACUUAAGCAUUGAAAGUGAAGUAAACGCUUAUAUUUCCUCAAGAAAGAAGAUGAAAAAGCAAGCAUCAAAAUCACUUGCAUCGUUGAAGCAGAAAGAUAGAAUAUUUACAGAGUCUUAUAUGUUCAAUUCAGAUUAUCACUAUCUACUUACAAUAGUGAAAGCAAUUAGAGAGACAAGUUGGAUCACCAUUUCCAUUAUUAGUUCACUCUUAUUUUUCUUUUCUGUGCCAAUCUUGAAACCAAAGAACAGUAAAUGGUGUUUGCUUUCAAGAUUGGUGCAUAAAGGGGCAGCAGGAGCAUGUGAAGGCCAACAAGAGAAUAUGAAUGAGUUAGAAAAGGUGGAUCUUGCACUUAGUAAUCUUUUGGUGGCUAAAGAUUUGAAGCUACAGAAGAUACAAUUUACAGAGAAAAUGCUGGAAAUCUUGGAUAUUAGUAUCCAAGAAUUUGAAAAUGAAUUGGAAUGCUUGUUUAGGCAUUUAAUUCAUACUAGAGUCUCCCUCCUGAAUAUAGUUUCUCACCAAUUAGACUAAUUUUUAGUGUAUAUUUGUAUUAUCUAUUAGUAGAAUCCUCAAAUUUUGGAGGAUCUACACAAAGUUGCUAACCUGUCUAGAUAAAAAAAGAAAAAAAAGGAAAAAUGUACAAUUAUGUUCAAGAAUUUCAUUUUAUA